UCCUCCAAGGUUCUAUGAGAAUUCAACAACACCACGCAUCCCUCUUUCCCACCACACCAUAUUGCCUUCUCCUACUUCCACAAAAUCAGCAUUUCUUCCCACAGCCACUAUUGAGUACCUCCAAAUUUUUUAUAUCUAGCUCUUUCUCAUCCAAGAAUUUGGUUUCCCUUCAUUUCUUCAACACUACCAAUGUAUUCCUUAACCCAACACAAGUAUACACCAAUCUUCCACUAUCAAGUUUGCAAGAUUCGUCCACUCUUACACCCGUCUCGCGUGUAUUGUUCUAUCACAACCACUACUACUACCACUACCAUCAUUUCUAAACCCAGAACCAAUGAUAAGUCAUUGGUCAUUGAGCCCCGACUUAUACCAGAACCACUAACGGUGGUUACUACUGGUAACCACCGUCCCAUGAUCAAUGACCAAAGUUUGCAAUCAACAUGGUCUCAUAGAGCAUGGGUGGCAGCUGGGUGCACAACUUUGCUCAUUUCCUUGGGAGAGUCCAUAAAGGGUGCAAUGGAUUUGAACAUAUGGAUUGAGCCUAUUUUAGCAAGUUGGGUUGGUUACAUUUUAGCCGAUCUUGGUUCUGGAGUUUAUCAUUGGGCCAUCGACAACUAUGGCGAUGACUCAACUCCAAUUGUUGGAGCCCAAAUUGAAGCAUUCCAAGGCCAUCACAAGUGGCCUUGGACCAUUACUAGGCGCCAAUUUGCUAACAACUUGCAUGCAUUGGCACGUGCGGUGACCUUCACAGUACUUCCUAUAGCCCUUGUUUGCCAUGACCCUAUUGUUCAAGGAUUUGUUGGAGUGUUCUCAGGUUGCAUCAUGUUUAGCCAGCAGUUUCAUGCAUGGGCCCACGGCACAAAGAGUCGGCUUCCGCCGCUCGUGGUGGCGCUGCAGGAGGCCGGCAUGCUCGUGUCACGGUUGCAACAUGCAGCACACCACCGGCCACCGUAUAACAAUAACUAUUGUAUAGUGAGUGGAGUAUGGAAUGAGUUUUUGGACAAGCAUAAGGUCUUUGAAGCCAUGGAGAUGGUGUUGUAUUUUAAAACGGGGGUUAGGCCUAGGUCAUGGAGUGAGCCUGCCUCUGAGUGGAUUGAGGAAAUUGAGACCCCUUCUCAAAUCCAAGCCCAAUGAUUUGCAUUCUCUUUUCCUUUUACUUUUUUACCAUUUGUUGCUCACAUGUGUAUGAGUAUUUGGUUGUUCUAUCAAAGAAAUUAAAAGCAUUUGUUAGCCUCCGUACAUGGAUGUAUUUGAUAAGUAGCUUUUGGCUCAUGUAAUUUACACGAUAUAAAUUAUAAUGUUUGAAAGGUUAAACAUAUGAUAUGAAAGGAAGUCUUUGUUGUUUC